GUGAAUUUCGUCUUCGUCUUGAACUACAAUAACAAAUUGGGCCUUGCAGAAAAUAUUUUUUAAGCAUAAAAAUGGUUAAAAUAAAAGGCAUUGCAUUCGAGGAUGUUCACAAAAGAGUUAAUUUUCUGUACCAGGCAGCUUAUCAAAGUCUGCUGAGAAAUCCUGAAGAUCUGAGUUUAUGUCGGUUCUAUAUCAAUACACUGAUGGUCAUUGCAAGAAGGCAGGGCAUUCAAUUACAUCCUGAUAUGAAGAGAAAACUGUGCAAGAGAUGUUGUGUCUUGCUAAUGCCUGGAGUUACUGCUAUUUAUAGAGUGAAAAAAAAACGACAAAAACAAACUGUUGUGACUUGUCUUGAAUGUGGAACAUUCCGACGAUUUAUCUAUAAUGGGAAGAACAUACCGUGGAUGGAUAGACAGGAAGCUUGGAUAGAUACUGUUGUCAGUGGACAGUCUGUUACUGUACAUCAACAGCAGAGACAUAAAGGCUCAAACAAGGGUGGAAACAAGACCAAAGGGAAAGGAAAAGGAAACCAGACAAAAGAGACAAAUGGAAAACUAAACAUGAAACAGGACACUCAACAAGCUGAAGAAAAAUCUUUCAACUCAAGCAGUGGUAAUUCUGGACAGAGUGAUUUUUCAAAUACUUGGACAAAAACUUUAACCAAAAGUUGAGUGUGUGAAACUAAUGCUUGUACAAAGAAGGAAAAAGGUCAGUGUGACAGCAUGCUUGUUUCUGUAAGUUACUCAUGUUCGUCAGAAACCGUGUCAUUAGGUCAGUAAUGGAGCUACAAAACCUAGGUGUUUUGUCAAGGGAUAUGAAAAGAAUAUGAAUUACCACUAACACAUUACCAUUAUAUAGUGUGUUUAAAUGUUUCAUUUCAGCAAACUACUUUAGUAUUAUAAAUGUUAGUGUAAAUUACAAAUUACAGAAUUAUCUUGUGUUUCAUUUCUAAGGUAACGUCGCAACUGCUAACCUGGCCCAAUACUAUUAUGUUCCUGUCAUAAUAAAUUUGAUCAGUUUGAGAUUAUCAGUGAUAAAUUUAAUCUUUCUGUGUAAGGCCAGUUUGUUCGGUUUAAUUUGAUACUGCAAAAUUUAGAUCCAGAUUGAUUAAACUGAUGUACAUAGGGAAAAUAAAUGAAAUGUAUGUUGUUU